CCUGUGCUCAGGACAAUGCCUGUGGAAGAGUUUGUGGCUGGCUGGAUCUCCGGAGCUCUGGGCCUGAUCCUGGGACACCCCUUUGACACUAUAAAGGUGCGGCUGCAGUCACAAAACAAGUACCGGGGCAUCUUGGACUGCGCAGUGCAGACCUACCAGCAUGAGUCGAUCCUGGGCUUCUUCAAGGGAAUGAGCUUCCCCAUCGUGAGCAUAGCCAUAGUCAACUCCGUACUGUUCGGCAUCUACAGCAACGUCCUGCUGGUGCUGACGUCCACCACCCACCAGGAGCGGCGGUCUCAGCCUCCCAGCUACACGAACGUCUUCAUAGCUGGCUGCACUGGGGGGUUUGUGCAGGCCUACUUUCUGGCUCCUUUUGACCUCGUUAAAGUCCGGCUGCAAAACCAGACGGAGCCGAGGGCACAGCUGGGGAGCCUGCAGCCGCGGUACCGGGGGCCCCUACACUGCGUGUCCUCCAUCCUCCGGAAGGAGGGGCCCCAGGGGCUGCUCCGAGGGUCUGGCACCCUGAUGCUGAGGGACACCCCCACGCUGGGCAUCUACUUCGUCACCUAUGAAUGGCUCUGCCGCCAGUACACGCCGAAGGGCCAGAAUCCCAGUUCAGCCACGGUGCUGGUGGCAGGGGGCUGUGCUGGCAUUGCCUCCUGGGUCGCAGCCACGCCCUUGGAUGUGAUCAAGUGCCGCAUGCAGAUGGCUGGGCUGAAGGGGCAGGUGUACCACGGAGUGCUGGACUGCAUGGUGAGCAGCGCCCGGCAGGAGGGGCCUGGAGUCUUCUUCCGGGGACUCACCAUCAACAGCGCCCGCGCCUUCCCCGUGAACGCCGUCACCUUCCUCAGCUACGAGUACCUCCUCCGCUGCUGGUGA